AUGGAAUCAGUAGGCUAUGGUCGAAUAAGGAAAUGCGCUAUCUCAUCCACAGAGAUUUGUGAUGAUCAAGCACAGAUGGCGGAACAGUUCAGUGGGCAAGCAGGCUGUCUCUCCGACGGUAAACCGGGGAGAGGGUGCCUAGUGCCGCAGGUGACCAUCACGUCUGAUGGGGAUUCACGGGCGAUCACUGAGGAGGAUCUGGAGGAGGUCAACGGACAGCUGCGCCGCAAACUCUCCAACUCCUCCAUCUCCUCCAACGGCUCCUCCACGGCGUUUGACGAGUCGGAGGAUGACAUCCUCAGCGACAACGAGACCAAAAGCAAAGGCAUCGUGACUCUCGAGCAUUUGGGCGACUCGGUGGACCCAGGAGAGCAAAGCAAUGCCUGGUGGAAGCUGAAGACUAUUGUCAAUUGCCCUUUACUGACCUCACAGCGAAGACGGCUGUCCUGGGUUCAGUUAGCAGGCCAUAAAGGCAGCUUUAAAGCAGGGGAUGAGGGCUCCAUACUGAAGAAAUACUCAGAGAAUGAGAAGCUGUGUUUCGAGAGGCUGAAAGAGGAUGCUUUACAUUCCUUCGUGCCCAGCUACUAUGGUGUGGUCAAGAGAGACGGAGAGCUUUUUCUCAAAAUGAAAGACCUUUUGGCCAAGUUUGAUUUGCCCAACGUCAUGGACUGCAAGAUGGGAGUGAGGACAUAUCUGGAGGAGGAUUUGGUGCGGGCAAGGGUGAAGCCAAAGCUGCGUGAAGACUUGUAUAAUAAGAUGCUGGAGGUGGACAGUGAAGCUCCUACAGCGGAGGAGAAGAAACAGAGGGCUGUUACCAAACCACGCUAUAUGCAGUGGAGAGAAAGUCUCAGCUCUACUAACACUCUGGGCUUCCGCAUUGAGGGUAUUAAGAGAGGGGAAACCUGCAACACAGACUUCAAAAAGACCCGGUCAAAGGAAGACGUCAUUCAGGUCUUUAAGGAUUUCGUCGAAGGCAAUAAUAACAUAAUUAACUCCUAUGUUACAAGGCUUGAAGAUAUUAAACAGGCACUUAAGGCCUCAGAGUUCUUCAACAAACAUGAGUGUUGA